UACUGAUGUUACUAUGAACGUUUCACAUAAAUUACACUGAGAUAUAUUAUUCAUAAAAAAUGAUUUGCUAAACGAAUAAUUUAACGAAAAACAAGAAAAAGCCAUCGACAGCAUAAUAAUUAUAUUAAGCAGAGAAUUGUAAAAACAUCUUAAUUGCCUUUACGAACUGUAAACUUCAAAAUGGGUUAGAAUGAUUACCAACGAUUGAAUCGUUCCUCUUCUUCACUGCUUUAUGUUUUCACUAUUAUUUUCUUAGCAAACUGGAAACUUAGCACAUUACACUUCCACUACUAGUAUGGAAUUGUUUGUUUAUUACAACAAACAAUAAAGAUACUCUCUAACACUCUCUCAUUCAUUCGAACGCACACAUCGCACGAACGUAUUCGCAGUUCGACACCCGUGCUUUAGAAACAUAUUUUCGCUUUGUCUAUAAUUAUAUCCUAUAUAAGACCACUUGUUGGAUGUCACAGAUUUGGAAAUGUUGCAUGCUAAAUGAUGCGAUUCGUUUGUUAAUUAAACGUUAAUAUAAAUGGGGAACACGAGAAUAUAUAAAUGAUGAAACAAUCGCAUUUCAUCAUCAUCUGCUACAUUAAUUGUAAUAGCAGCAUUUCGUGCAUGUGUCAUUAAUUACGCUUCUACAUUUUUUUAUGUUGUGUUUGUUUCCUGAUAAAUCGAUAACGCACAUAGGUGACUUUUUAAGCCAGGAACACAGGUGCGCCAGAAAACGGGACGAUGAAGUAAUUUUGUAAUCUUUAUUUUUGUCAAACAGUUAUUACAAAGAAUGUGAUUGAACUUGUUAUUGCAACUUCCACUGUAUCUAAUAAUUGUUCGAUCAUUUUUCGAAUGCUUAGCGUCUCUGCCCUAAAUAUAAUUACUGUGACGAUAUGAGUAUGGUGUUUCCGGUUCGUGUCAGAGAUCUGGUUUGAAAUACCUUCGGUUUAACGCAUUAUCUGUGGUCAAUACGUGCCUGAAUAGAUGCCAUGUACCGCGAACGCUCGCGAAACAGUACAUUCUAAGGGUGAUUUGUGUCUUGUUCCUGUGAUACCAUUAAAUGUCAAUUUAUGACGACCGCGCACGCAAGAGUAUUUUACGAAACUCUCUACAAAUUCACAGAUAACGCAACGUCGAAUAUAAUGCCGUUAGCAAAUUUAGCAGUUCCUUGGGCUGAGGAACAUGACACCGAAAAGCAACAUGUAGAAAUCCUGCAAUCAGAAUCUCAAGAAAUGAUAACUCAAGAGAGUGUGGCUGAAACAUCUUCGAAUGGGUGCUCAGAGUCUCAUGAAAUAGAAGUGGCUGAUGUUGUAAAGGAUGGUCAUGAGAAAGCAGAUCGAUCCCAGUUCGAACUGCUUAAAGUCUUGUGCCAGGGGUCCUUUGGCAAGGUGUUCCUAGUGAGGAAAGUUGUUGGCAAAGAUAGUGGUACACUCUAUGCUAUGAAAGUAUUGAAGAAGGCAACAUUGAAAGUUCGAGAUAGAGUCAGGACGAAAAUGGAAAGGAAUAUAUUGGUGGAUGUUGAACAUCCAUUCAUUGUCCGGCUCCAUUAUGCAUUCCAAACAGAAGGAAACCUCUAUUUAAUCCUAGAUUUUUUGAGAGGUGGUGAUCUAUUUUCAAGAUUAGCAAAAGAGGUAAUGUUUACCGAAGAUGACGUAAAGUUUUAUUUAGCGGAGCUUGCUCUUGCGCUGGGUCACAUUCACAAGCUUGGAAUUAUUUACAGAGAUCUCAAACCAGAGAAUAUUUUACUCGAUACUGAGGGUCAUAUCUGUUUAACUGACUUCGGCCUAUGUAAGCAACCUGUAGAUGAUCGUAAGACGUACUCGUUUUGUGGUACUGUGGAGUACAUGGCUCCUGAAAUAGUAGGUAGAAAUGGGCAUUCCUUUGCUGCUGACUGGUGGAGCUUUGGAGUCGUUAUGUUCGAAAUGUUAACCGGAGCUCUUCCGUUUCAAGGAGCAAAUCCCAAAGAAACAAUGACGCAAAUAUUAAGAGCAAAACUCGGAAUGCCUCUCAACAUUUCACCCGAAGCGCAAGCGCUUCUGAGAGUAUUAUUUAAAAGGAUCCCUGCGAACAGGCUCGGAUCAGGCGGGACAGAAGAAAUAAAAAACCAUCCGUUUUUCGCAACAAUCGAUUGGGACGCGCUAUACAAAAAACAAAUAAAACCGCCUUUCAAACCAGCUGUCAGCCACGAGGACGAUGCGUUUUAUUUUGAUAGCGAAUUCACAUGUAGAACGCCUAAAGAUUCCCCUGGAAUGCCACCAAGUGCCAAUGCUCACGAACAGUUUCGCGGGUUCAGUUUCGUCGCACCGUGUCUUCUGGAGGAUCAAGCAAAAUGUACUGAAUACAAGCACUGUGAUAGUCUAAUCGAGUCUUUCCCAACUUACGUCAGCCCAGUUCCCAUUGCCGACGAAUAUGAAUUGAAACAUGCGAUCGGUAAAGGUAGCUACAGUACUGUUUUUUUGGCUGUUCACAAAGCCUCCAAAACGGAGUACGCCGUGAAAGUCAUAGAGAAAUCAAAAAGGAAUCCGACGGAAGAGAUAGAAAUACUGCUUCGAUAUGGAAGGCAUCCGCAUAUCGUAACGUUAAAAGCUGUUCACGAAGACGAUAAACGAGCUUACCUCGUGCUCGAACUGUUACGAGGCGGCGAACUGCUCGACCGAUUAUUACAGCGACGCAAUCUGACUGAAAGGGAAGCUGCCGAAGUGAUGUACACGAUAGCUAGUGUAGUUAAUUAUCUUCAUGAAAAUGGAGUCGUUCAUAGAGACUUAAAACCAUCUAAUAUAUUAUAUUCGAAACCGGGAGACGAUCCGAGUACACUCUGUUUAUGCGACCUUGGGUUUGCGAAACAGUUAAGAGCGGAAAAUGGUUUGCUAAUGACGCCUUGUUACACAGCGAACUUCGUAGCGCCAGAAGUAUUGAAGCGUCAAGGAUAUGAUGCGGCGUGCGAUAUUUGGUCGCUCGGCGUUCUGUUGUAUAUUAUGUUGGCCGGGUAUACUCCGUUUCGCAACAACCCUGGUGACAGCGCAACAGAUAUAUUGGAUCGUAUCGGGCCUGGUUGUAUCGACGUCGAAACCGGUAUAUGGUGUCAGAUCUCAAGCAAAGCAAAGGAACUGGUUAAAAGGAUGUUACACGUUGAUCCCAAUAGAAGGCCUACUGCAGCUGGCAUAUUAAAAAAUCCGUGGAUUAUGAAUCGCCAUUAUCUUUCUCAGAAAGCAUUACCUGAUAGCGUUAGGGACCCACACAGUCUAAAGAGAGCGGUAGCGGCAACAUAUAGAGCGAUGUCUAGUGGCCCGAGAUCACCUCACAUAGGACCUGUCUACAUGUCUGAAUUGGCUCGGAGAAGAGCGCAAGCCAAGAUUGCGGGCCCUACCGAUGUUUAAAAACAGAUCUACUUCCACUUCGUGUUACAAUUUUGCAAUUUUUAAUUUGUAAUUAUGUACGUACAUGAAAAGACUAUAUUUUUUGCCGACGUAAGUUUAGUAUUAUUUGUGCAAUGUUCAAAUGUAGUUUGUACGUGAUAGUUUUAUAUAAAAUGUUUCGAUAUCGAUGUAAUUCAAUCCACGAAAAUCAUGUUUAAUACCGAAGUAAAAAUUGGUGAUAGAAAUUGGCAAACUACGGGCACGACAGUCUCUGUUGUGGAAAUGCUUUCCAUUCGCAUCCAAUGUUUGCUAAAGUCUAUCAUUCCUUUUUGUGUAUUGGAAUACACAAAAAUAUAUACAUGCAUAUGGAUGUAUA